CCUCCUACAAGUACUGUACAUCUCUUGCCCAUCAAGUGUCCUACUCCCAGUGGUGUCCACCACGCUAGUCAACUAUGUCGGCUUUUUAUAUGAACUAUAAUACUAAUGUAAUGUAAUGAUGGUUAUACCAGAGCGGGACCAUGCUUCAUUUCAUAUAAAACCAUACUCGUAUCAUUUAGUUUCACAUAGAAAUAAACAAUUUCAUACGAGAUACUACUACAGUCAUCCUCUCAAUCCAUAAGGUUCUAAAAAGUAACUGAGAAAUGGAAGCGAAUUUGCCAUACAGAGAUAAAACUGGUAGUUUGGAGAUUGGGAAACAGGAAAUAUCUCUCCGGUCACUAGAUCUUUCGGAUUUAGACGAUUUCAUGGUAUGGAUGACGGAUGAUCGUGUUGCGGACUUCUGUACAUGGGAAACAUGUAAAUCUAAAGAAGAUGCAUUAGAUCAUAUCAAGGAGAAAAUUGUACCACAUCCAUGGUACAGAGUAAUUUGCAUUCAGAACAAACCUGUUGGUGCAAUUAUGUUUAGACCAAUGGAAGGCGAAGAUCGAUGCAGGGGUGAGAUUGGUUUUCACAUUGGAUCUAAACAUUGGGGUAAAGGAAUUGCAACAUUGGCUGUCAAGAUGUCUUUGGAGAUUAUAUUUAAGACUUGGCCGCUCAUAGAGAGAGUUGAAGGUUAUGUGGACGUUGAGAACAUAGGUUCACAAAGGGUACUAGAGAAAGCUGGUUUUCAAAGAGAUGGUAUUUUUAGGAAGUUACUAAUUAUAAAGGGUAAAACUAGGGAUUUUAUGGUCUAUAGCUUUUUAUCAACCGAUUUCAAUCUCGAUUGAUCGGUUGGUAUUUUGUUGGGCAUGUUUUUUUCCUUAUAAUCUUCUCUUCUUUUAAUAAGGUUUGAGUUUGUA